AUGCGAGUUGGGAGUCUGGAAAGUGAUGAGCCAAUGAUGAGCUGCUUUUCUUUUUCCACCGUCACCACUUGCCCCAUGUCAUCCGAAGAAGAAUCAGGUACAUACAUACGGUCGGGCCCCACAUUGGAAGCCUCCUCCAGAUCCAAAAGCUUUCAUGUGAUAAUCGUCCUCGGAAGGCCUUGCACUGGCACUGACGGAACCCGUGGACGUCAGCGUUUCAAAAACAUCAACAGAAAGAAGAAAAAGGUCCUUCCGAGUCUUUAUGAUGAUAUCACUCUAGAGUGGAUGAUUCUGCCAAUCCCCUUUCGAGCUCGAGGGAUCUCUAGUCAUCGCGCGUCUGGCUCUGUUACGGAUCAUCUGUGUGUUCAAGUGACUGUUAAGACUCAAGAUGGGAGGGAACCACUCGCAUCCGAGUCCUCGGUGAUAGUAUGUACUACACCCAAACGAACACCUUGA